UGGAAAGACAGGCAAAUGAAGAUCUUACGGGAUGCGGGAAAACCCUAUACAAAUCGUAAGGGUCAAGAAAAAACUGGGAAAAGCUGUCCAAAAGAGGUAUGUGGAAGAACCGUAUAUCAAACAAUCAAGCUAGCUAGCUAUAGAGUACAGUAACUAACAUGUAUGUUCUGGGUUGUCUAAUUUGUAACUAUAGAGAAAACAUAUUAACUAAAGUUUGUUGGCUACUAACUCAUACAUUAUCGUUACAAAUGUUAUUGCUAGAUUAUAGAAGAAACAUAGCUAGCUACUUUUUCUCCGUCCACCGGAUGAUUCGACAUGGCUACAGUAGCUAGCUAGUUACACUGUAUCCUGCAGGGAAGAGCGUGUUCCACGACGUGCAGAAAGGAUUGUGGAAAGUUGACUGAUGAACGCAAGCUGCAUCUGUUCAACAGGUUCUAUACUGUCCCAUACGAGAAACAACAAGCGUUGAUUCUCUCCGGCUUAGAACAGGUUAGAAAUAAGACAAAACGCCUAUUAUUAUAAUAGCUAUAUUGAACACUUGCAUAGUUUAACUUUGACAGAAAUGAUACGUACAUUAACGUUAACUCUAAAAGUGCUGUGUUACACAAUGGUGCAAUACAAACUCAUUCUGUGUAUAGAUUGGGAGUGUGUGAAAGAUGGAGGUCCUGAUCAAGCAAUAUCCUGAAUGUGCUACAGUAUAUUAAAUUCUGAAUUCAUCAUUGUCAAUUUUUAUUGCAGCAUGAGGUGAAACGGAGACGUAAACCUGAGGAUACAAAGGAGAACAAACGACGGAAACAAACCAUCAAAUACCAUGUACAGCAAGCAGGCCAGAGAUUGAAUGUGUGCAAGGUUACUUUCAUGUCUGUGUUCCAGCUAACCAACAGCCGUCUUCAGGCAAGUGAAAAUAUGAAUUAAUGUCUAUAUGAAUAUCAAUUACAAACAUAUUGUAUUCUCUGUACUAGUUUUUAAUAACCUGCUAAUUGAAAUGUAAUUGUUUUGGUCAGGUUAUUCAGGAAAAGUUAGCUGAGGCAGGUGAGGUUGCAGGGUCUCCAGAUCAGGCUACUGAGGCUAGGUCUCCUUUAGAAGAUGGAAGAGGGAAGCAUAGCAAUAGGCCACAUCGGAUACAUGCUACAGUGAAAGAGGGCAUCAAGGAGCACAUUCUAUCUUUCCCAAGAACCCAGAACCACUACUCACGGAUGAAGGGGGAUGUACACAGAGAAUAUCUCAGCCCUGAUCUGAAUUUGUUGCGAAUGUACCGACUCUACAAAGAGAAUAAUACCACAUCAUCUGCAAAAUUCUGGGUUUAUAGGGACAUUUUCAAACAGCAGAGUCUCAAUUUCGGCCAAUCCAGGAGUGACACCUGUGGCAAAUGUGACGCAUUCUUCACUAAGAUGUCAGCAGCAACAUCUGAAGAGGAGAAGAGGAAGAUUGCAGUUGAAAGUGAGUUACACCAUCGAAAAGCCGAAAAGGCCUACACACAGCUUCAAAGUGACACUGAGUGGGCUAAAGCCAAUGCUGACUGCCAUGUCAUUUCUGUGGAUCUACAGGGGGUGAUGUACACCCCUAAUCUGACCCACUCCAAUGUCUACUACCAGCGGCAGCUGUCAAAUUUUAACUUUUGCAUCCAGGAACUUGGAAAAGAAGAUCCUGCAUACAUGUGUGUUUGGCAUGAGGGGAUUGCACACCGAGGGUCCAUUGAGGUGGCAAGCUGCAUAAUGAAGUGGGUGAAGACAAAAUUCACGCCACUCACCAAACCAGAGGUGCGCAAGUUGGUCAUAUUCAGUGACAGAUGCUGUGGGCAGAAUAACAACUGGCGGAUGCUCAAUCUGAUGUCGAUGCUCGUCUCUAUGGGUUACUUUACCCAAGUUGAGCAGAAGUUCAUGGUCUCUGGUCAUUCUUUUCUUCCUUGUGAUCGAUCUUUUGCCACCAUCGAGAAGAGGCGCAAGGUGUCAGUCCUUCAUACACCUGAUGAUGUUUCAAAGAUGAUACUUGAAGCACAACCAGCAAAACCAUUCAAGGUGAUGAGGAUGCAAUGUGAAGACUUCAGGCACCUCCCAGAUUCUGUCCUCAAGCGACCAGCUGGACUACAGAUCACCUCAGUGAGGUGGUUAAAAGUCACAGUUGAGGAUCCUUGGAAUCUGUACGCCAAACAGAGCCACAGUCUAUUUGAGGGAUGGAAGUCAUGGCUGAUCUCCAAACCAAAACAAGGAGCUACACCUCAACCUCCCUAUUUUGCGAGCCACUACCCUAGAGCAUAUGAGAGUCCUCUGCCCAUCAAAAAAAACAAGUACCAAGAUCUGAUGACCAUGCUCAACUACUUGCCAGCUGCUGCACGCUCUUUUUAUGAAUCACUGCAGAGUGAAUAAUUUGUUGUUAAAGCAAGCUACAUAAUUAAACGUUUUUUCUGUGAGUUUAUGAUCCCCUGAACCUGUAUACUGUAGUAUGUUGAAUCUGUAUACAUUUCAGAAGACAUGUCACCCCUAUUGUAGGAAAUUAAAUGUAUCGUAGGUGUUUUCUAUGUGAAUCAAUUUGUGUAUGAUUUGAACCAGCACAAUAUAUUGAAUUAAUUUAAUUUUAAGAUGUUGUUCCUAGUGUAGAAAAUGUUAUGUACAAUGUGUUCUGUUGAUAAUUAUUUUGUUUGAUCAUUUGAACCUUUUUUAAUCUGAAUUAAUUAAAAACAAAUAAGUCAUCACAUACAGUAUGUGAGUAUUCAUUUGAUCUUGAUUCCCUUUUUUUAUUCAUUACAAUAUACACUGUCUCUCUGUCACCACAUUUAGCAUUAACUCUAAGCAGUUAAUACUUAUUUACUGCUGUCACCUCAGUGCAGAAGGACAUUUCUUGCCUUUAGCAUGGGUUUAACGCAAUUCACAACUUAAUUGCUGAUCAUAGUGUUAAACACAAAGAGAAUGGUUUUCUGAACGUUUUGUAAUAUUGACCUUCGGGACCUGCAUAAUGGACAUGCAUAUUGGCACAUCACAUUUAUCCCUAUUUGAUAUUUACAAGUUGUGCUUGUUUUGAUUGAAUUAAUUUAAUUGUAUUCUAUUUUGGUAGUUCUAUGGUAUGUUCACUUUGAGGGCUUCAUUUUAAAUGAGACUAAGAUUUCAUGACUCAACUUUUAAGAAAAGUCAUCAUUGCUAAAGUUGAUAGACCACCUUUAAAUGAACCUCCAUACAAAUGAAUUAACUACAUAUUGCAUUUAAGUUAUUUACAUGAAGGGCAUAUGUACUUGAAAGUACUUAAAACAUCAUAUCAGGUGUUAAAAAAGGACAUCUUACAAGAGUCAUGCAAAAUGUCACAUAUACUGUUCUUCCACAAACGGAAAUCAUCACUGGAGAUAUACUGUUCUUCCACAUUCUAAAAAUUAAAACGGCAA